UACCCGAAAACAGCUUCAUUAUUACCAAGACAGCUCCUUCAAGAAGAAACACCGCUAAAAGAUGUUACACAACAUAUUUUUGCUUUUUGUGGGUCUGCUGUCAUUGGAACAUGUGUCCUUUGCAGAGGUUCCUUCUUCACAAAUAGUAAAUAUCACAGAAACAAGAGAGUAUGCUGAGAGGAUGCAAAACUUUACCAGGACAAAUUUUGAGCACUUGGAGAAAGUGAGGAACAGAUCCAUUCGUGUUGCAAGGAGCUGUAAAGAGCUCAGGAACAGAUAUGAUGAACAAGAAGAUGGAGUAUACUACCUGACAACAGGUAAUGGCAUGCUGUACCAGACUUACUGUGACAUGACCACAGCUGGAGGCGGAUGGACGCUGGUGGCGAGCGUCCAUGAGAACAGCAUUUAUGGAAGGUGCACUGUGGGUGAUCGCUGGUCCAGCCAGCAGGGCAACAAUGCUGACCUGCCAGAUGGAGACGGGAACUGGUCCAACAGAAACACCUUUGGAACAGUAGAGAGCGCCACUUCUGAUGACUUUAAGAAUCCAGGUUACUAUGAUAUAACAGCUGAGGACAUGUCUGUGUGGCACAUUCCCAACAACUUCCCGCUGGAGUUCUGGAACCUGGAAGCUGCAGCCGUCCUCCGCUACCACACUGAAAACCGCUUCCUCAGACUGUUUGGAGGAAAUCUCUUUCAGCUCUUCAAGCAAUAUCCAGUGAGAUACAAUGUUGGGUCAUGCGGUGACAGAGGGCCAGCUAUUCGCAUCGUAUAUGACCACGGGGAUGAGGAGUCCACCAGAAUGUUGUAUGGACCCAAUUCAAGAAAGGAGUUUGAACCAGGCUUCAUCACAUUCAGAGCAAUAAACCAUGAACGUGCCGCCAUGGCUAUCUGCUCUGGUGUCAAGCCAACUGUUGGUUACAACACUGAACAUUACUGUAUAGGAGGAGGAGGAUAUUUCCACCCUGACCAGUGUGGGGACUUCCCAUCAUUUGACUACGACAGACUGGGCAGGGAGCAAGGCUGGAGCGCCUCCAGAGAGAUGACCGAGGCUGCUGUCUUACUGUUUUACCGCUGAGAGGAUUUGUGUACAUGUAGCCUCUGACUAAAGUCUGUUCAGCAGUCCCAGCUGUAACCAGAUCAGAUAAAAUUAGGCUCAUUUGUACAAUGUUUAUUAACCACAUGGUUUCUGUAUAUCAGAAACCAAAUGGAAAUUAAGAGAUAAUUAAAAGAGUGAUUUGAAAUUGAACCG